UGAAUGCAGCGGGAGACAGGAGGUGGAGAGAGAGGUAGAGGAGAACAACAGGGGUAAAGGAGGGGGGGAGAGAUAGCAAGAACCAGCUAGCGCCAGCACAGUGAGCCUACCGUUAUUUUGCGACAUUGGCGCUACAGAUAAAACUACAUUUUAAGCAGUAUGUCCUUUAGCUAAGAUGUGACUCCACCAGCUUUACGUCGAGUGUGUCCGAGACGGCGGAGAAAUGUGCGCCGGUAGCUAACGUUAGCCAGUUGAACGUGAAGACAAAAAGGCAUCUCUCUGUCGUUUGACCGUGCAGCCCGAUCGAAAUCUUCGGAUGCAUGUGUAAACGCUAGUCACGUUAAACCAGCUCGGCACAACAUCCCGCUCCUCAACUAGCUAGCUAACCCACCGGUCCCCGCUUACCAUAAAGGCAGGGGAGGGAAAACCACCACACUGUCAAAAUGAAAUUCACGGAGCAUCUCUCAGCUCACAUCACCCCGGAGUGGAGAAAGCAGUACAUCCAGUAUGAGGCCUUCAAAGAGAUGCUGUAUGCUGCUCAGGACCAGGCCCCAUCUAUUGAAGUCACAGACGAGGAUACGGUUAAGAGGUACUAUGCCAAGUUUGAGGAGAAGUUCUUCCAGACAUGUGAAAAAGAACUGGCCAAGAUCAACACCUUCUACUCUGAAAAGCUGGCUGAGGCUCAGCGGCGAUUCGCCACGCUGCAGAACGAGCUGCAGUCCUCAUUGGACGCCCAGAGGGAGAGCUGGGCUAACGGGCGGGGCCUGCGGAGGAGGAAGACAGUGUUCGCCCUGUCGCAGCAGGAGAGAUGCAAACACAGAAACAUAAAGGACCUGCAGCUGGCCUUCUCCGAGUUCUACCUCAGCCUCAUACUGCUGCAGAACUACCAGAACCUGAACUUCACAGGUUUCAGGAAGAUCCUGAAGAAGCAUGAUAAGAUUUUGGAGACGUCGAGGGGGGCUGACUGGAGGGUGGUCCAUGUUGAAGUGGCUCCAUUUUACACAUGCAAGAAAAUCACACAGCUCAUCUCUGAGACCGAGGCGUUGGUCACAACAGAGUUGGAAGGUGGCGACAGGCAGAGGGCCAUGAAGAGGCUAAGGGUCCCUCCCCUGGGAGCUGCACAGCCCGCUCCUGCUUGGACAACCUUUAGAGUCGGACUUUACUGUGGAGUAUUCCUCGUCUUAAUAGUCACUGUGGUCAUUACAGGAGCUGUGGUGAGAGGAGACGCCGAUGUUUGGCCCAUGGUCAGGAUCUACAGAGGAGGCUUCCUGUUAAUAGAAUUCCUCUUCCUGUUAGGCAUCAACACCUACGGCUGGAGGCAGGCGGGGGUUAACCAUGUUCUCAUAUUUGAACUCAACCCCAGAAACAACCUGUCACAUCAGCAUCUGUUUGAGAUUGCAGGUCUGUUGGGGGUGCUGUGGUGCGUCAGCCUGCUGUGCUGUCUCUUCAGUAGUAGCAUCCUGGUACCAAUGCAGGCUAACCCUCUUGCUCUCUACGGCCUCUUCCUCCUCUUCCUCAUCAACCCCUUCAAGACCUGCUACUACAAGUCACGCUUCUGGCUGCUCAAACUCUUGUUUCGAGUGGUGACGGCUCCGUUUCAUCGGGUUGGCUUCGCAGACUUCUGGCUGGCGGACCAAUUGAACUCUCUUGGUGUGGUUCUGAUGGAUCUGGAGUACAUGAUCUGCUUCUACAGUUUUGAACUGGACUGGAAAAAACACGAUGGACUCGUCAGCAGUGAAGGUAGAGACGUGUGUAACUCCUACUCCUAUGGGGUCCGUGCGGUGAUCCAGUGUCUUCCUGCUUGGUUCCGAUUCGUCCAGUGCCUGCGACGUUACCGUGACUCCAAACGGGCCUUCCCUCACCUGGUUAACGCUGGGAAAUACUCCACUUCCUUCUUUGUUGUGACCUUUGCUGCCCUAUACAGCACACAUAAAGCUGAGGACCACGCUGACACCCAGAUCUUCCUCUAUUUAUAUAUCGGCUGUUUAGUGGUCAGCUCAUGUUACACACUGAUCUGGGAUCUGAAGAUGGACUGGGGCCUGUUUGACCGCAACGCAGGAGAGAAUACCUUUCUGAGAGAGGAGAUAGUCUACCCACAUAAGGCCUAUUACUACAGUGCCAUAGUGGAGGAUGUGCUGUUGCGUUUUUCAUGGACUUUAACGGUCUCCCUCAGUACAGUCCCUGGGUUGCACAACAUCUCUGACAUACUGGCGACUGUACUGGCCCCAAUGGAGGUCUUUAGACGUUUUGUGUGGAACUUCUUUCGAUUGGAGAACGAACACCUGAAUAACUGUGGUGAGUUCAGGGCCGUCAGGGACAUCAGUGUGGCUCCGCUCAAUGCUGACGACCAGACACUGCUGGAGCAGAUGAUGGACCAGGAGGACGGAGUCAGGAACCGGCAGGGCAAGAAGAGCUGGAAGAGGAGCUACAGCAUGAGUCUACGCAGGCCGCGACUGGCCUCACAGUCCAAGACCCGUGACACCAAGGUUUUGAUAGAGGACACCGAUGAUGACUCCUGACAUCAGGCCACGCCCCUCGCCUGGGUCCAGAAUUUAUUCAAAGGGGGAACCUCCACCUCCUAAUCGAGGAAUCACCCAGCGAGUCGGGCGUUGAACUCACAGCCAAGGAAGGGUUUUAAAACUCAUGCCUACGUAAUCCUUUCUCCGAUGCAUGAGCCGCUGCACGGGUUCAGAACUAUUUCAAGGGAGGAGCUUUCACCUCUUGAAGAAACAACCCAGCAACAUGGCCAUCAAACUCCUACUCCUACCUUCAAUAAUAAUCAGGGGUAGGCGUAUCACUUAAACUCUACUUUACCCAAGCCGUGGGUGAAAACUCUCUUCCUGUCAUCCACAGCCACCCAGAGGUGGACUAUUUAACUAAACCCACUCCUCAGCCAUUGCUUGGGCUCUUUCCUAAAAGCCUCAGCCUAGCAUGAACAACGCAGCUAAACGGAAUGCAAGCCGAUCAUCCUGACAAGAAGUGUCCCCGCUCCCUCUCGGUGCCACGCCGCUCCCACAUAGGGAGAAUCCGACGUCAAGCCUACUGCUGUUGAGGACCAAAAGGUUUUUUUCCUCACCUUUUAGCUAUUGGUCUCCGCCAACACCACACCCUAAAAGAACUUGCAUCAACUUGUAAUUUAGACUUCAAAAUGAACCUAAAGCCCCCCUUUUUUUCCAAUAAGAGAAAAGAAGGAUUGAAAAGUGUCCUCCUUUUCUCCUUUCAGCGACUUUUUGGGCCUUGUGAACCUUCUUCCUGACUGCUUGGUGAGCAGACUAUGCUGACAAACAUUUGAUAACGCCAAUCAGUCAGUCACUCUUCAGCUUGCCCCUUCAAAUCAUCACAGAGCUGCCUACCUGCACCUUACAUGCUUUAGAAUCACACACAGAAACAUGCACUUUGUAGAAGUGAAACGGAGUGGAAUGCCUAUUGUGUGUUCACACACAUACAGACAAUGAUUUAAUUUGUUUUUAUGUUCAUGGAUGUGCGACCCUUGAUCUCUCAGAGACCAUAGGAAGAAACAAUGACACACGCGAAGAAUAGACUAGGGAUUAUUUAUAACCGUGGUUGUAAAUAUGAGACGGACCAAAGUGGGAGGUGGGGUGAAAAUAUUCCAAAAAUUUCAAAUACUCCAUAAUAAAAAUCAAAUAGUGAGUUCAGAGUGCGUCAAGCAGCACUGGAAUGACUGUUCAGCCUUGAUGCUGAGAGGGAAACUUAACUUUUGUUUCCGGAAAAAUAUGAAGAUCACCUUAAUCAUCCUGCGGUAACUCCAACUGUCACCCCAUGCGG